UAAUUGUGUGUAGAACUCAACGUGCGUCUUUGGUGGUCAAUAACCCACGCGCACAAUUUAUAUUAUUAUUUUUUUAUAUACAUAUCUAUAGUUUUACACGCGUUGCAGUUUUCAAGAACAUAAUUAAUUAUGAAGACACUCAGUUGGUUUUGCUGGCUCCUGGUUGCGUUUGUCUGCCUUUCUGAGGCAAAGAACAAGAUCAAAAGGCCGUUAUCUUUACCAUACUCACAUAUCGUAAUGAGACGGCCUCGACCCAUCAGUCACAGAACAUCCAUGGGUAAUACUAUUUAUAUUGGUGGUAAUCCUUCCCAUCAGAGAAUUCCUUAUAAGCACGCCAUGUACAGAAUUCGUCGACCCACGAUGUACAAUGCUCUGUCAAUCACGUGGAAGAAUCAACAUCCGAUACGAGCACCUCUGAAUAAUGGUGUUAAUUUACCGCAACGUGCUCCUGCCAAGGACUUUUAUUCUAUAAACAAGUUAGCAGAAUAUAAUUCGGAAUAUAGACCGGGACUUGUAGUUUUACCGACCAUUCAUCGAGAAGACAUCGACGAUGACAAAGGACCCAUUCAUACAAUUCCCGCGCCAAAUCUGAGCCUAGCGGCGGAACCUUACGGGUCGCUAAUUAAUUCGGAAGAGACCGCUGAUCGCCGCCUAAUGGCGACCAAUUACAACAUUACUGCGCAAAAUUCUAUGACAAACAACUUUGGACUAGCCACGCGUGGUGAGAAUUUGUUGUCGCAAGGAACGAGCCAUCCGACUCUGUCGCAACAUCAGUACGAAGUUACCGAAACGAAUCAGCCUAUUCAAUCGAACACAGAUAUCAUAACGCCGAAUGUACCAUUUGCUCACUCGAACGUGCCGCCAAUACAAACACCUCUUCAUAGUUUUCUGCACGUCGGAUUUCCGUCCGUUCAAACACCGUACGCUAUGACACAACAGGUUCCGGGGGAUCUCCACGGUCAUUCAACUUCGACAGGACCGUUUUCAGCACCGUUAUCGGCUACGCAACUUUAUGAUCUAUUGAACACUUCUCCACACAAUGUGAACCAAUAUUUAUCAGAUCAGCAACACCUUCUCCAGCAUCAACUUGGCCAAAGUUUUCAACCUUAUUUAGACGCGGCAAUCAAUUUUCCCCAUCCACAAAUGCAUUCUUUCAAUUAUGAUGAACAGGCUAAUCAGUUACAACAACAACAACAACAACAACAACAACAACAACAACAACAACAACAACAACAACAACAACAACAACAACAACAGCAGCAGCAGCAGCAGCAGCAGCAGCAACAACAACAACAACAGCAACAACAACAACAACAAAACCAAAACGUUUUAUUCGAUCGAAGUUAUGUCCCGGAAAGUGCCAUACCGGAUUAUAAUCUUGAUUCAGCGGAAUCUUCGAUAGACGUACAAAAUGACGUACACGAAGAUUUGACAUAUCCCAUGAGUGAGAUCGAGUUUGAAAACAAUAUUGGAUAUGACAAAAUUCAUCAAGAAAAAACUCCGGCGGCACACGUCAAUGAAGCGGCUGAUAAGAAUGAUAUACCGACAAAAUUCUACACAGUACUUCCUAAUAAAGAAGCUGCUGAAAAAUUAGCCGUACUAGCUGCUGCUGGUAACAUAAAUAGUUAUCUUAUAGAUCGGCUUCGCAAACAAGAAAAGGAUGUACAAAGAAAUAAUGAAAUGCCGUUUAAUCAUAAGAACAAUGAGGACAAUGAUAAUGACGGUGAUAGUGACAAUGAUGAUGUUGUUGAUGAUGGUGAUGACAACAACAACGAGAAUAUAAACAAGCAGAUAAAGGAUGAUCAACAGUGGGAGUAUAAUUUACAAAAAUCGCAACAGGAAAUUCAGCAGGACUACCAAAAUCAAAGCAAUAAGAUACAAAACAAUAAACCUUUGCAAAUUACAAUACCUGACAAAGUCGAUACUUACGUUAGAAGUAAUGACACAAUGCAGAAUACAGAAAGCGAUGUGUAUAUAGAAUAUGAAUACGAAAAUGAAGACGAAGAAAAUAAAGAUUCGCCUGGCGCCAUGUUAUUUGAUGAACAAACGUUUUCUCACGCUAAUUCCCACAAAGAAUUUGGUAGUCGUCUGCGGAAACUUGUGAGAUAAAUGUAUCUACAUA